UAUAAAUCUUGACUAGGAAAAAAUACGGAAUAUUAUCCAAAUCCAAAGUGACUUGACGGAAUCGUAUAUUCAAAUCCCAACACAAUUUUGUCUCCUCUUCCAGCACAAUUUUUCUUCCCAUUGUUUAAUAUGUUAAUCACUUAACGGAAUCGUCCCUUGUUAACAAAUAAUCCCUCCAGUCUUUCCGUGCAAUUUCCUUCUACCGCAAGAAACUGUCAACCCCCAGCCCACCUCUUGUUUUUCUAUAUAUCUUCAUUUUCUUAGUUACUCCUUCUCGUUUGCAUUUUACAACUGAAAGCCCCAAUCAGGGUCCUAUUUGAAAUCGCUUUCCAGAAGUUCGUCAGGAAAAUUUUCUUGUUAAUAUUUUCUGGUUAUAGGGUUAGGUGUUUUGAUUAAGCAAAAAUGGAAGAAGGGACUUCAUCUGUUGUAAAUGAAGAAGGAGAUCUCAUGGACUUGCCUCCAGGUUUCAGAUUCCAUCCAACAGAUGAGGAGAUUAUUAUUCAUUAUCUUAUAAAGAAGGUAAUGGACAGGCGAUUUGCAGCUAGAGCCAUUGGAGAAGCUGAUCUGAAUAAGUGUGAACCCUGGGAUUUACCAAAGAAGGCAAAGAUGGGGGAGGAAGUAUGGUACUUCUUUUGCCAGAGGGAUAGGAAAUAUCCAACAGGAAUGCGAACAAAUCGAGCAACAGAAUCUGGAUACUGGAAGGCAACUGGAAAAGAUAAGGAAAUACACUACAAGCAGCGAAGGAACUGUCUUGUUGGGAUGAAAAAGACUCUUGUUUUCUACAAAGGGAGAGCUCCUAAAGGAGAGAAAUCUAAUUGGGUUAUGCAUGAAUAUCGACUUGAAGGCAAUUUUUCCCAAUACAACUUUUCUAGGGCUGCAAAGGAGGAAUGGGUUAUUUGUAGAGUUUUCCACAAGAGUACAGGGGUGAGGAAAAUUCCAGGUGCAGAACUAUCAAGGAUGGACUCUUUUAACGUGGAUCAUUUCCUGGAUAGCCCAACACUGCCGCCUUUAACCGACAUUUCUUAUAAUCCCACUGUAUACAGACCAAGCUCAAGCUUUAAACCUGAUCAUGAACCUAAAUUCAAAGGGAAAAUUUCCCCGUCGAGAUUAAUACAAAUGCAACUUGAUCAGAAAGCCUUCCUUUUGCCUUCACAUAAUUUGAAAAAUUUCAAUUCUACCUAUCCUGAUCCAAUUCCCUAUUCACACGUUAGUGUUCCUCCUAACUCAAUGUUUUCCUACCAAGAUGGGAUUGGUUCGACUUCUAGCUAUGGUCCAAUCUUCCCCUUCAAAGGUGCUGAACAGGCUAAUUUAAAUCUUUUGAUGGCACCUGAUCAUAGGAUAUCAGAACUCGAAAAGAAGUGCAAACCGGAAGGCAACAAUUCUUGGAUCAGUCAUUCUCAAGAUACCGGAUUGAGUACUGAUAUUGCCACUGAGGGAGAUAUUGAAAGCAAGAAGUCAUUUGAAGACCUUGAUGGUCUUUCAUUCAGUCCUGAUAUUUCAGAUUUUGAUUCAUUGUGGAGAUACUGAUUUAAGUACAGAACUAAUCAGCAUUCUGAUUAUUUACUGUCCUUCUUGAUUAGUGCAAUCCUGUUCUUCCAUUCCAGUAUUUAGUCCAUGGAAGAAGAGCUCAUCAUCGUUCAAAUUGCUUUGUGCAUAAUAAUCUAUCAUUUUAGGGCAUUCAUGUUUACAUUUUCAACCGUAGAUGCUAGGAAAUCUCCUGAUUGCUAACAUUGUGGCUUGUAUAAAUCGUGAUUGCUUCAUUUUUUAGUGGUUAAUUAGUUGUUCAGUAUUUGAUCAUGUACUGAUUGAUGGAAUUUUUAUAUAAGAGUUGAUUGUUAUAGUUA